ACACCGCGGGGACAGAUGAAACACAACAACCCCAUGAGAAAUGGCAUGCGGAGAAUGUUAUCUGCUCUCUCUCUCUCUCUCUCUCUCUCUCUCUCUCUCUCUCUCUCCUGUGUUGGAGUUUUAAAGAUGGGCUGGUACUUGCUGUGAUGUCACCCCACUCUUGUGAGAACAUUCAUUCCACCCGCAGCGUGGCUCGCCCGCUCCUCUCCAAAGCGAAACAGAAGCAGCCAGCGUUACGCAGGGCAAUGUGACAACAAGGGAGCGACUUUGUUCACAUGUUUUCUUUACGUUCGGGAUCGGGUGGGAGUGCUGGAACUGUGUUCACGAACUUUCAUGCAAACCAUGCCAUUUCAGGAAAUCGGUGGUGUUUGCAGCUUUGGAGUCUUCUGUAUGAUGCGCUGCGUUUGCUCUGAUCAGGAGCGUUGCGCACAGUGAAGGACCGAUCUGUAGCGACGCGGCACAGUUCUUUUAAGAGGGAGGAAAUAUAUAUAUAUAUAUAUAAAAAAUGAUCCGAAAGAACAGAUUUCAGCCAGAAUGGAUUUGAUGGAUUUAAAUGUGUUGCUGGAAAACGUUUCCAGGGAUGGCAACACCACCGACGCGCCGCUCUCACUGCCGUACCCGGAGGCAGCCACUGCACUCAUCAUACUUGUAGUUAUUGUUAUGAUUUCUGUGACUAUUGUAGGCAAUGUGUUAGUUAUUGUUGCGGUUUUGACCAGCAGGGCACUCCGUGCGCCACAGAACCUUUUUCUGGUCUCCCUGGCGUCGGCGGACAUCCUGGUUGCCACGCUAGUCAUCCCGUUCUCCUUAGUCAAUGAGGUGAUGGGUUACUGGUUCUUUGGAAGUACUUGGUGCGCCUUCUACCUGGCUUUGGACGUGUUGUUUUGCACCUCAUCCAUCGUGCACCUGUGCGCCAUCAGUCUGGACCGCUACUGGUCAGUGACGAAGGCUGUGAGCUACAACCUGAAGCGAACGCCGAAGCGCAUCAAGUCCAUGAUCACUGUGGUGUGGGUGAUAUCUACCAUCAUCUCCUUCCCCCCUCUUCUCAUGACCAAGCACGACGAGAGGAAGUGCGAGCUGAACGAUGAGACCUGGUACAUCCUCUCUUCCUGCCUGGUGUCCUUCUUCGCGCCGGGUCUCAUCAUGAUUCUGGUUUACUGUAAGAUCUACAAAGUGGCCAAGCAGCGCUCGUCCACCGUGUUUGUGGCCAAGAACGGCCUGGAGAGAGAACCUUCCCAGUCGGAGACCUGCUUCGUCAGGAAGGACCGGUUCGAGGUGGAGAGCCCCAGCAGCCUGAGCUCCGGCAGCCAUCAGCAGAGGCAAGGGGAGUUGGACGACAUCGACCUGGAAGAGAGCUGUUACUCCUCGGACACCAAGCCCCGCCAUCACCGCUUCACCAAGCGCAGGAAGGUGGAGGGGUCGGAAUGCUGCCCGCCGCAGAGCUGCCGCCUCUCGUGGGCUUCGGCCCGGGCGUCACAGCCAUACCCGGAGCAGAAGAACCCCGCCGAGCGACUGCAGCUGGCCGCGGCCAACAAGACCAAAGUGGCCCAGAUGCGGGAGAAGCGUUUUACCUUCGUGCUGGCGGUGGUGAUGGGGGUGUUCGUGCUCUGCUGGUUCCCCUUUUUCUUCACCUACAGCCUCCACGCGAUCUGCAGAAACAGCUGCACCAUCCCUGACGCGCUUUUCAAACUUUUCUUUUGGAUUGGCUACUGCAACAGCUCGGUGAACCCCAUUAUUUACACUAUUUUUAAUAGGGACUUCAGAAAAGCCUUCAAGAAAAUCAUAUGCAGAACUUCAAAGCGCACAUGAAAGGGGGAGGGGGGUAUUAUUUAUAUUUUUGCCUCAUUCACUCAUUAGUGAAGAGAUUUGGAAAUGUGUAGAGAUGCACCAAUCAGGGUUUUUUUUUUCCAGGCCGAUGCCAAUUUCUGAUUUCCUUUGAGAUCCAACAUGUCAGUUCCAUUUUCCCCCCCUAAGAAUAAUAACGCAUUAAAUAAUAAAAUAUAUGUAUGGAGAUUCAUCGACUGGACCUUUUCUGGCUAACAUUGAUUUCCCGUUGUCUUUGAAGUUCUCCUUCCACUUCAGUCAGGCUUUUCCUGGAAUUUCAGAUUUUAUUUGGGAUCUGACCUGCUGGUUCCAGUUUUGUACCAAUUCUGUUUUUCCACAAUUUCUUAAAGAGGGAGCUCAUUUACUAAUUAAAAUAUAAGCGAAAUGACAUUUAUGUAAAUUUUUUUCUUUCCAAAAUGUUAUAUCAAAGUUCCUGAUGUUAUGGCUCGUGGUUUAUAUGUUAAAACUAAUGUUAGACCUUGAUUUUGAUAUGUUUAAUGGAGAGAAAAACACAUCCAAAAUUUCAUCAUUUGAUCAGCGGAUAAACAAUUCAACUUUCAUGACCAAUAUCAACGUCCACUCACCUGCCAAUGACAUAUUUUACCAAAUCUGAUUUAUUUUUCUGAAGGAAGUAGUUCAAGCUCUAAGAAAGACCUGGAGCUCUCUCACUCAUGAGACAUGGAAAUGCUACUAAUACACAUUUAUAUAGAUUUUUUUAAAGGUCUAACUUACUGUCUUGAGUUACUAGUUUUGUCUUUCAACUUCCCCCCCCCCACAUAAAAUAAUAAAUAUGUAGUAAAUUCGGUAAAAUAGAUAUUAGUUUGGAAUCCAACGGAAGGAAUUACAAACUUAUUCCUAUUUAUGCUUUAAAGCAUAUGUCCCUUGUAUGUCUUAGAUAUUUUUACACUUGAAAAAAAGAGCAUGGAAGUACAUUUUGUUGGUUGUUGUAUUUGUAGAUCGAAGGUGGUGAACACUUCUGGUUCUGGUGCAUUUAAAGGAAAAGAAAAGAUAAUUUUCAGUAUUUCAGAUUCUGAUCACCAAUUAGAGCCUAUUAAGGAAAAAUUAGCCUAUUGAUUGGUGCAUCUCUAAAAAUGUGUUACUGUGACUCAUUAGCCCAGUGUACUGCUGCCUCAUCGUUUUACUGUAAUUAUACUGAAACAACAAAAAAAAACCACAAUUCCUUGUAUUUACUGUCUAUGAAUAAAAUUUAUUUGGUGGAGCAUAUGUGAUAUUAGCUAAAAGCUACUAAUCUCAUAUUUAUGCCAUUCUUUCUGAGGUAUGAGAAAUCUUAGGUUGCAUAAGAACACCUCCUUAUUUCACCAAGUGGGUUGGAACAGCAGAACAUAUUUAGAGUAAAAAAUGUGAAUCCACUGUUAUGAAUUCCGAUGCAGACUGUGGGUUCAGAGCGAGCGUCCUGUGUUUUCAUAAACACAAGAAUAAUCUUCGCCAUCUUUUGCACACAAGCCUGGCAGCUGGCAGGCAAGCUUAGAUGUAUGUGUCUGGAGGAUGAUAGGACGGCGUAAAAGGCAGCAUUUAAACUUCCCCAUGUUGAGGCUAAUUCAUAAAGGUGCAUCUCUUUGUUUGUCUCCGUGAGCCACCUCAGCCAAGUAUGCACAGGAAAUAGUCAAACUUAUGUAAGAGUCUUUUCUCACCCUCUCACCACGCCGUCACACUGCCUCACGCUUGAACAAUGGCCAGAUGAUAUGAGGCUUGCAAGAGCAAAAAUAAAAUGGAGACAUUUUCACAUUUUGGUGUCCUCGCAGCAGCUUAAUAUUUGGCCGGUGAAUAUUUAAACGGACCGGGGACUCGUCUCUCCCGUAAAAACCUGCUCUCGCAGUCGUGACGGGUGGUCGUUUCUUUUACUCUGGGGUAGAACAUCUAUAUGUUUUUUUUCUUUUUUUAACAGCUUAGAUGUUAUUGCUUUUCUGAUAAACACACACACAGGCACACCUACUUCCUGUUUCCCAUCAUAUACCAUCUUUAGAUAAAAAAGCAGGCAAAGAAAUGACAUGAAAAAAUUACUCACAUAAUCUACAUUUUCAUCAAUGUCAAAUGACUAAUGUUGACAUGACGAAGUUAUGUCAACAUUAUUUUUUUAAAAACUGUGGUCAGUCUCAUAUAUCACUGGCCUCUUGAGUAAAGGCCUGGGAAAGUACUACUUAGUGAGAGGAAGACUGGCCACUUCCAUAUCUCCACCAUUGUCUACACGGUGGUGCUGAGGAAAAAUACACUAUUUAUAUCCUACUAGGAAUGUCUUCAAAGCACUCCUACAGCUCAAUGGCACCUCGCCAAAGACAGUCACUCCGUCUUAGGGGUGUCAUGCCUGCGAGGUUAUUUUCUUCUCUUUUUUUUCUUUUUUUUUCGGGUAGCAUGCUCAUAUUCAUGAGUUUUUUUAAAAUAAAAUAUCAAGGAAAGAAGGAGUGAAGGUGGAUGCACAUUAGAUAUUCUUUUACUUUUGAACAAAGAUUAAAAAGUAUGAGGCCUCUUUGGCUGCUUUGAGGAAGGAAACCUAAUCUCUGAGGGGUUCGCAAACUCUUGAAACAAAUGAAAUGUCGAGGCAGAGCCACACUCAGAAGAUGGGAGUUAAAUUAGAGCCUCCAGGUUCCUCCAGUGGAAGAAAGGCAGUGUUUAAUUGCCUGUAACUUAUUGGGAACGCUAUUGUACGCGUGCUGUCACCUAAUUUCUCCAGAGGAUGCAGUUAUCAAUUUGUGUUUCAUUAACCAAGGUGGAAAAUGUUUACAUGAACGCUCAUUUGUAAUUUUUUCACUAAUACCCUGAUUAGCAUCCGCCAUGACGGGCAGUUCCCAUGUUGGAUCUCACAUCCCAUUUCGAUUGUCUUUUUAAUCAGACGCUCCAGUGCAGCAGGAACAGGUUUUCGUCUCCUCAGACGAAAACCUGUUUUUUAUUUUUUUUUAUCUGGAACCCACGCAUGUUGUUUUAUUUAGCACAGAUUUUAUUGCAGAGCAAAGUUGUAAAAUUUUGUCUUUCCAGGAAUGGUUUUCACAGCAGUGGCAGCUGUUCAGAUGUGUUUUCCUGUGCGAGUGUGAGUCUUCAUGUUGUACAUGCAUGUAAGCCGCUCAGUCCAGCCUCACCUAUUGGCCAGCCAGUGUAAGUUCUCGACUUCUUGAAACACACAGGACACCAGCGGUCAGAUGGGAACACAAGAAGAAUCAUUUCUCAAGUCCAGUUACUUUAUGAGAACCUUAUAUACAGAUUUUAUGUUGCAAGGAAAUUUCAAUGAAUCAGAUGUUCAUUGAAGUGGAAAUCAUGCAUUCCUGCCUCUGUGUUUCGUCUGAUGUUUUCCCCAAUACUUGUAAGGUAUCGUCCCUGAAAAUACAUUAAAAUCAGCAAAAUUAGA